AUGGCGUCCAGAUCCGAAGCUGUGACCACCACUCCUAAUGGCGUUUCUGACCCACCGAGGAAGAUUGCACUGGUUACCGGAAUCACUGGCCAGGAUGGCUCAUACCUGACGGAGUUCCUGCUCGACAAAGGCUACGAAGUUCACGGCCUGAUCCGACGAUCCUCAAACUACAACACUCAGCGAAUCAACCACAUCUACGUCGAUCCCCACAAUGUCAAGACAGCUCGCAUGAAGCUCCACUACGGCGAUCUCGCUGAUGCCUCCUCCCUCCGCCGUUGGCUCGACGUUAUCAGGCCAGACGAGGUCUACAACCUUGCUGCUCAGUCGCACGUCGCCGUCUCCUUCGAGAUCCCUGACUACACGGCCGAUGUCGUUGCUACUGGAGCUCUCCGCCUCCUGGAGGCUGUCAGAUCUCACAUCUCCGACAGUGGCCGCACCGUCAAGUACUACCAGGCCGGAUCCUCGGAGAUGUUCGGGUCAACGCCUCCUCCGCAGUCGGAGACGACGCCGUUCCAUCCACGAUCUCCCUACGCCGCGUCCAAAGUCGCGGCUCACUGGUACACCGUCAAUUACAGGGAAGCAUACGGCCUGUACGCCUGCAACGGAAUCCUGUUCAACCACGAGUCACCUCGCCGAGGCGAGAACUUCGUGACUCGGAAAAUCACUCGGGCUCUGGGGAGGAUCAAGGUCGGAUUGCAGACGAAGCUCUUCCUGGGGAAUAUUCAGGCGUCGAGAGACUGGGGAUUCGCAGGAGACUACGUGGAGGCAAUGUGGCUGAUGCUGCAGCAGGAGAAACCAGAUGAUUACGUCGUGGCCACGGAGGAAUCACACACCGUGGAGGAGUUUCUGGAGGUGUCGUUUGGGUACGUCGGGCUUAACUGGAGAGACCACGUUGAGAUCGACAAGAGGUACUUCAGGCCAACGGAGGUUGACAAUCUGAAAGGAGAUGCGAGCAAGGCAAAGGAGUUGCUCAAGUGGAAGCCCAAAGUAGGGUUCGAGGAGCUGGUGAAGAUGAUGGUGGACGAAGAUCUGGAGAUGGCUAAGAGGGAGAAAGUGCUCGUCGAUGCUGGUUACAUAGACGCUCACCAGCAACCUUAA